CCUCCCAUCGCAGCCGCAGCGGCAGAGCAGGAAGGUUCUCCAUCGAUCGGAGGAGGGCCGGCCGGACACGCGCGCGCGCCGGCCAUGGGCAAGAAGAAGAAGCGCAGCGGCGGCGGGGGUGGUGGUGGUGGAGGCGAAGGAGGAGGAGGAUGCGGCGGGGGCCAGCACGAGGAGAAGCCCGAGGCCGACGCCGGGAGCGGCUGCGAGGGCCAGCCCAAGGACAAGCCCGCCGACGACAAGGACAAGGACAAGGGCGGCGGCGGGUGCAAGGACGACAAGGCGGACAAGGACAAGGACAAGGGCUGCGGCGGCAAGGACGACAAGGGCGGCAAGGACAAGGAGAAGAAGGCGCCGCCCCCGCUCCCCGUGGUCACCGCCGUGCUCAAGGUCGACAUGCACUGCGACGGCUGCGCGCACCGCAUCCGCGCCUCCGUCCGCCGCUUCCCAGGGGUGGAGGGCGUGGCCAUGGAGGUGGACAAGGGCUCCAUGACCGUCGUCGGCCGCUUCGACCCCAAGAAGCUGCAGGCCCGCGUCGCCUCCAAGACCAGGAAGAAGGUCGAGCUCGUCGGCGGCAAGGACAAUAAGGGCGGAGGCGGUGGCGGGGACAAGGACAAGUGCGGCGACGGUGGCGGGGACAAGAACAAGUGCGCCGACGGCGAGGGCAAGAAGGAGGAGGAGAAGAAGGAGCAGGACGACAAGUGCGGCGGCGGCAAUGCCGGGAAGGGGAAGGGCGGCAAGGACAACAAGAAGCCUGCCGUGCCGGUGAUCGUGACGGUGGUGCUCAAGAUCGGCUCCGCCGGCCUCCACUGCGACGGCUGCAUGCACCGCAUCCGCUGCAAGCUCUUCAAGAUCAAAGGCGUGGAGCAGGUGAAGAUGGACCCGGCCAAGAACCAGGUGACGGUGACGGGCACCAUGGACGCCAAGGCCCUGCCGGAGAAGCUCCGCAAGAAGCUGCGCCGCCCGGUGGACGUGGUGGCGCCCGGCAAAGGGGACAACAAGGACAAGGAGAAGGACGGGUGCAACAAGGACGGGAAGCCGCAGCAGCAGCAGCAGCAGGGGGGCGACGGGAAGCAGUGCAAGGAGGCGGCGGAGAAGGCACUGGCGGCGGAGCUGCAGCUGUGGAAGACGGCCUUCUACGACCAGCAGGCGAUGCAGGCCACCGAGUUCCUCCUCAGCGAUGAGAACCCCAACGCCUGCGCCGUCAUGUGAGUGACCCUCGCCGGUGCUCGGUGGUGACCGGCGGACUGACAGACAGAUAGAAGAUAGAUAGGAGGUUUGGGCGAAACCUGAAUUUGGUACAGGCUACCGGAGAGAUCGACGUAGAAUUCAGUCGUUGGUUCAUUACAAUGUUUUUUUGGGUGGGAUGGGAGCGCAAUGUGCAUGCAAGUUCUUCUUACCAGAUUCUUGGCCAUGUUUGGCAAUUUGAUGAUGAUGGCU